AUUCCUUGAGCUUCUGCCAGUUAUUCUUGGAGUGUCCCCUGGAAUGCUGCUUGCAGCGGAAUCGUCUGAGAACCCAUCCGUUACCUGACCAGACAAUAUGUUUAAUGGCAAGAAAAAUAGAAGUGCCCGAUCUCAAGAAAAAUGCUUGGGAACAGAACAGCCUCAUUCUGAAAAGUGCUGAUUGCCCUUCAGAGGAUGAGUAUGUUACUGGAUUGAUGAGAAGGUUUUGCUGACAGAUAAUUAGUUUCCUGGCCACUGCUUUGGAAAAUCCAGUGAAGCAAAACGAGGAGAACACUGAGCAAAAGGAAGCAGACCGAGCAAUCUGUGCAGCCAGUGCCAUCCACCAGGCUGACCAGACCUGCAGGCGCAUCAUCUCCCAGGCCAUGAAGGAUGCAAAAGAUAAAAACGUGCUCUCAAGUGAGAUGAAGAGCCUGGCAGAAGAACUCAACAAACUCAAAGCAGAAUUUUUGGAAGACUUGCGGCAAGGAAAGAACUUGAAAAACCAAAUUUGCCUACAAGACCAAUAUUCUGACCCUGCCAGCAGUGUGUUUUCUUCCUUCCAAGAUGAAGCAACCAGUGUGGUUAAUAAAUAUAUUUUGAAGUAA